AUCGCUAAAUUUCUUGCACGAAAUAGGGUUCCUUUUUGGUUUCCCUUCUCCUUCUCCCCUCUCUCCAGUGGACGAAACCACUCGGUCUCUUUCUCUCUCAAUCUCGCUAUCGAAGGACCCCCAGAAGCUGUCGAUCUCGUACUUUGGGUUUAGUUCGAUUUGGAUAGAAGAUGGGAGCCUUUAUAUCAAGAUUCUGGUUCAUGUUAUUUCCUGCGAAGGAAUAUAAGAUAGUCGUCGUUGGAUUGGACAACGCUGGCAAGACAACGACUCUCUACAAAUUGCACUUGGGGGAGGUUGUCACUACACACGCCACGGUUGGGAGCAACGUCGAAGAGCUUGUAUAUAAGAACAUUCGGUUUGAGGUCUGGGAUCUUGGAGGACAAGAGCGACUAAGAACAUCAUGGGCGACAUAUUACCGUGGCACCCAUGCCGUCAUUGUGGUGAUAGACAGCACUGAUAGGGCAAGGAUUAACAUAAUGAAGGACGAGUUGUUCAGGUUGCUCCAACACGAAGACCUUGAGCAUUCUGUCGUUCUCGUAUUUGCAAACAAGCAGGAUCUCAAGGAUGCUAUGUCCCCAGCAGAGAUAACAGAUGCACUUUCACUUCACAGCAUCAAGAAUCAUGACUGGCACAUCCAAGCAUGUUGUGCUCUCACAGGAGAAGGAUUGUAUGACGGCUUGGGAUGGAUAGCCCAGCGUGUGACUGGGAAGCCCACAACUUGAGAAGAAGUGGGAUGCUUUUCUUUUUGGAUCGGCAAGGCAAGGAUCAACAUGAUGUACUUUCAUGGAUGUUUUGUUUUGAAGAGCGAAAAGAAAAGCUUCCCCAUUUGUGUACAAUCAUUCAUCCGUGUUUGAAUUCCCAAAGAUAAAAUUAUGUUAUCCAUUUGCCUAAAAAGUUAUAUUGUGUACAAUCGAAUAUUUCAUCUUUGAUUUGUCAAUUGUCAAAAAUAACAGAUUGACAGGUGUUUGUGA